AUGAAGAAUGGCGGUGUCCUUCUCGUGCAGCUUGAGCAGACUUUGUCCCACAAAGCCAUGGCUUUCGAACGCAUUAUUAGCGGAGAUUUCGUCGCACGUCCGCUUUUGCAGACGCUUGAGUUCUUCCGCAAGCACUCGCGUGAUGUCCUUGUUUAUACCAUUGGUGACCAACAGCCAGUACAGCUGAGUCCAGAGAGAUGGGUGAUAGCCCAUCAAGUCCUCGAAUUGGUCAGGAAAUACACCGAAGACGUGAGGACAAAGUUCCCACGCCUAGGAGAGGUCGGAGUCUCACAAGAAGGGAGCUUUCCACGCAUACGCAUUUUUGGAGCAGAUGCACAGCGUGAGCUGAUCGAUCGCAUUGCCGCACACAUCUGUGAAACAGAGUUAAGUGGCUUUCCUAUUGCUAGACAGCCAAAGACACUCACGGAAGCGGAAUUAUGGGGACCUCGUACACGCGACGUCUUGUUUCUGCUAGGGGGUCUUUUUGCGGCGGGUAUAUCGGUCUUUGCCUUCGAACUCAAGAGCUGGUGUGUUAAUUAUGGCCUCACUUCAACUAGAGAGCCACCUACAACGCUUACUGUUCCAUAUCGCGCUAAGGACAGCCCUACUGCACGUUCUGAAUAUAGCCACCCGGAUGCAGUCAUUGUACUGACCUGCCUGAGUGGGUACUAUGGAGGUCUAAGUGACGAGAAACUUUUCAAUGCGUUCAGUCACCUGCUUAAUGAUGCUUAUCAAUUGUCGAAGAAAUUUCAGCAGGUUGUUAGCAUCAAUUUAGAAGAUCGCCGUCUAUGCACCGAGAAAAUUUUUCCCUCGUUUCGGUUUGCAAAAGGUGCCGUGGACUACUUCCUCUUUCACGUUGUAUUUCCUAGGAAAAUGAGGGGGUUUCCAUAUAAGUUGUCCGCAUCAGGCUGGGUCAUUGGUGAGGUCAAAUGCCACCCUCUGACUGGGUUCAGUGGCCCAAAUGCCUUCCGUGAGGUUCUUCCACAUAGUGUAGAACAGCUGAGCCUCCCUCCACAGAUGCACACAAAUGCUCUGGUUCUUGGAUACUUAUUACAGCCGGAAGAUUCGGUUAUAUGUACUCCAUGGAGACACAAGGAACACCGAUCAGAUGCCGAGGGAUUGCUGUCCUUGGUGGCAAAUGAAUGGCUGAGGUUAACAUCCAACAGUGAUAUGCCACAGGCUGUAAUCCUCUGUGAUGACAACGAUGAGCUAUGUGUGAUGGAUCGCAAAGGACCAAUUGAGUCCCUGCAAACAUCUCCUUUUGUUAAGCAGCUCGACGUGUGUUAUGUAUUCCUGGCUGAAGCACACACACGAGGCAUUGAUCUCAAGCUGCCCGAGCAUUAUAGGGCAGCUGUUACAUUAGGGGCAAAUCUGACCAAGGACAGAUUAGUUCAAAAUGAGGCCUCUUGUAUAAGGACGCGAAGGCUAGGCCAAGGUCAGUCAGUUGUUUUCUGUGUCCCAGACGAAAUCCAUCACAAGAUUUCGACGCGUGCCUCCGAUAACGGAAGCGUAGAGGUACCCGAUGUCCUUUGUUGGGCCAUGGCCGAAACCUGGCAGGACAUGAAAGGGAACAUCACUCUAUGGGCCACACAAGGCCUACGGUUUCUGCGCCAUGAACCGUUGCGGAAUGAGAUGCAUGAAGCCCUAUCUUUGGAACAAAGGUAUAGACCCCGUGUGAAUCAAGAUGAGCUGGCAAAUUUCGCACACAGCGACCAAAGCCAAGCUGCAUCUCUAAUUGCGACCCGUUGUUGGGAAUUCGGAAGCAUGCCUUACCACUCGGCGAAAAUAGAUGAAGACCACGAGCGGGAAGUUGCCGCGGAAGCAGAAAGGGAACGACAGGUUCAACGACCCCCAAAGGCUAGGCCGAAAAAGCACAGAAUUCGCGGAGAUAUGACGAACACUGUCUGGCAUCCUAGCGUUCGUCAAUUCCCGGGGAAAUUGCUUGUAACCCGCGAUUAUGCGCAAAUCGUGGAGCCUAUCGAUGUCUUGUACUUUUCGCCUGAUGUCUUCCAAAGACUGGUGCAAUGGAUUCUGGCAACUCGCCAAGGGAGAUUGUAUCCCUCUAUCAAGGAGUCCAAACAUAUGGCAUUGCAUCUCUACGCGCCCCGGUCCAAUUUAGGACUUAAACCAUUGGACAAGUUAGACCUCUACAAUGUCUCCGGCGAGGUCACCAAUGCUCUAUGUAUACCUCGGGGCUUCAUUAUAGAGCUGAAUCUAUUUGCUGGGCAGUUGCACCUGACUUCGUAUGGGGAAUAUGUGGAACCAAUGGGUGAGGACAGCCUUGCCGCCACAGACAGUUUCAUUCUGCACCGGGAUAAGAACAACAGGACAGAACGCUUAGCAUCAACGUUCCGGCAAAGUCCGAUAAAGUUCUUAAAUUUCCUUACGUCGCAAAUUCGACGGAAAAGCGAAGGGAUUGACAAAACACAUAUGGGCAAGAUUUUUAACGGCAUAAUUCUUGAUUGAUCAGACUUCGAAGAGCCAAGGAGAAUAGAACAAGUCCUUUCGGACUGAAGUGGGUUCACUGUGGCCUGGUGUGCCCAGACUUGGGUCUUGACAGCACCGCUCUGAGGGAUGCUAUCAUAGAGCGCGGUGCUGGACUGGC